UAAACGUCAAAAUCGUUGAAAAAAUUCUUGUUUUGCAGUCAUCAUCGCAGUCAUCCGCUAGUGGUGUGGUAAAAGCGUGCAUCGUUUUCACCGUAUAGUGCAGGAAAAGUUCCCGAAAUUAAUAUUAUCACCGCACCGUAACCAACCGGACCAGGAUGAUCGGAAAUCUAGCGAAACUAUCGUACGUCCGCGCGGUUUCUCAAUCCGUGGCCAGCGGUGUCAAAGCAGCAGCCGUGCCCGUCAAAGCUGCAUCGGAGCCAACUAUCGCAGGUCCGACCCCUGUUGUUGCUAGCUCCCCGCACUGCGUGCUGCCUCGGAAUGUUGUCCGGGUAGUGUCCGGAGUUGCAGCUGCUGGCCAAAUUCGAUUGGCUCAUACUGAUAUUCGAGUGCCGGAUUUCUCCGAUUAUCGGCGGGAUGCAGUUAAACGACCGAAUGCCAAGAACAACUCAGCGGAUGAUCGUGCUGCCUUCACCUACCUUAUGGUAGGAGGUGCCGUUGUAAGUACCGCUUAUGUGGCCAAGUCGAUGGUGGCAACUUUCGUAUCGUCAAUGAGCGCGUCGGCCGAUGUUUUAGCCAUGGCUAAGAUCGAAGUGAAGCUUUCCGAUAUCCCGGAGGGAAAGUCCGUUACCUUCAAAUGGCGUGGAAAGCCGUUGUUUAUCCGUCAUCGUACCGCCGCGGAGAUUUCGACCGAACAGGCAGUCAAUACGGGUACGCUUCGUGAUCCCCAGACGGAUGCGGAUCGCGUUCAAAAACCAGAAUGGCUAGUGGUCAUCGGUGUCUGCACGCAUCUGGGUUGUGUCCCGAUUGCCAACGCUGGUGAUUUCGGUGGAUACUAUUGUCCGUGCCACGGUUCUCACUACGAUGCUUCGGGUCGUAUCCGAAAGGGACCAGCUCCACUCAACCUGGAGGUACCCCACUACGAGUUCCCAGAGGAUAAUCUUGUGGUGGUUGGUUAAACAGCCGAGGUACAUGAAAGCGGGAGAUUACCAAAUAACUAUGAUGAACGAACAUUAGUAAAUGGAGCAUCCUUUCAUACAAAUUAGAAGCUGAUGUGUUGAACACACAGUCUAGGACUUGUGAAUUGGAAGUAUUAGGAAAAUAUAUUGAAUCGAGUUCGCAACCGAAAAUCAACUACAUUAUGUGGAAUUUGUUGAAAUAAAGGUGAUUUCCGUUAAUAAUUUUAA